GAGACUUUUCCCCUGUCCCUAGCGUUUAGACACUUUUCCCCUAUCCCUAGCGUUUAGACACGUUUCCCCUGUCCCUAGCGUUUAGACACUUUUCCCCUAUCCCUAGCGUUUAGACACUUUUCCCCUAUCCCUAGCGUUUAGACACUUUUCCCCUAUCCCUAGCGUUUAGACACUUUUCCCCUGUCCCUAGCGUUUAGACACUUUUCCCCUAUCCCUAGCGUUUAGACACUUUUCCCCUAUCCCUAGCGUUUAGACACUUUCCCCCUAUCCCUAGCGUUUAGACACUUUUCCCCUGUCCCUAGCGUUUUGACACUUUUCCCCUGUCCCUAGCGUUUAGACACUUUCCCCCUGUCCCUAGCGUUUAGACACUUUUCCCCUGUCCCUAGCGUUUAGACACUUUUCCCCUAUCCCUAGCGUUUAGACACUUUUCCCCUGUCCCUAGCGUUUUGACACUUUUCCCCUGUCCCUAGCGUUUAGACACUUUUCCCCUGUCCCUAGCGUUUAGACACUAUUCCCCUAUCCCUAGCGUUUAGACCCUUUUCCCCUGUCCCUGGCGUUUAGACACUUUUCCCCUAUCCCUAGCGUUUAGACACUUUUCCCCUAUCCCUAGAGUUUAGAGACUUUUCCCCUAUCCCUAGCGUUUAGACACUUUCCCCCUAUCCCUAGCGUUUAGACACUUUUCCCCUGUCCCUAGCGUUUUGACACUUUUCCCCUGUCCCUAGCGUUUAGACACUUUCCCCCUGUCCCUAGCGUUUAGACACUUUUCCCCUGUCCCUAGCGUUUAGACACUUUUCCCCUGUCCCUAGCGUUUUGACACUUUUCCCCUGUCCCUAGCGUUUAGACACUUUUCCCCUGUCCCUAGCGUUUAGACACUUUUCCCCUAUCCCUAGCGUUUAGACACUUUUCCCCUGUCCCUAGCAUUUAGACACUUUUCCCCUGUCCCUAGCGUUUAGACACUUUUCUCUAUAUCACAACUAAACACAGGGUAUUGACACUUUUCUGCUAUUACAUGGGGGACUUUAUUUUUUUUACGUUUCCGAAAUUCCGUGACCCGGAAGUACUUCAUUAAUGUUGCUGACGAGACGCUGAUGUCGAGACGCAGGUGGAUGAUUGAUUCUGCUUGCGCUCUCACUGGAUCCCAUCAACCAAACAAAUCCACCUCCAGCCCGACCAUGUCUGAUCCGGGAUCUGGCUGUGGUGAUCCGGCCCAGAGAAGCUCACAGCCUGGUCCAGAGACUGUGUCAGUGAAGCUGGAGGACUGCGGUCAAACACUGGAACUCAAUGUGAUUGAGAAAGAGGAGGAGGAGAGAGAAAUCAAGGAGGAAGAAAACAGUGACUCGGGUGACUCAGGAAAGAGCUCCAACCCAGACUCAGACAGCAAGUCCAGGCCCACAGCAUCAGGAAAUCAUAAACAAUGCAGACAGAAGCCCCAACCCUGCUGUAGCGACAGUUUUAUUUGUCCAACUCACCUCAAAUCACUCAAACAGACUCCCAAAAUAAAGAAGACAUACCUCUGCUCCCAAUGUGGGAAGAGUUUCAGUCGGACAGGAGACCUAAAGAGUCACGAGAGAUCACACAGUAAAAAAAAGCCUUACCACUGCGUUCAAUGUGGGGAGGGAUUCACUCAGCUUGGAAGUCUAAAAAGUCAUCAGAGAAUACAUACAGGGGAGAAGCCUUACCACUGCUCCCAGUGUGGGAAGAGCUUUAAUCGUUCAGGAAACCUUACAGAACAUCAAAGAAUACAUACAGGGGAGAAGCCUCACCACUGCACCCAAUGUGGAAAGAGUUUCAGUCGGGCAGGAAUUCUAAAGAAUCAUAAGAGAACUCACACAGGAGAGAAACCUUUCCACUGCUCUGCUUGUGGGAAGAGUUUUACAAGAGAAGUAAGCCUAAAGAAUCAUCAAAGAGUACACACUGGAGAGAAACCUUUCCACUGCGCCACAUGUGGGAGGGUUUCAGUGAGAAAGUAAAUCUUAAUAGACACGAGCGAGUACAUAGUGAAGAGAAGCCUUACCACUGCACCACAUGUGGGAAGAGCUUUAAUCACUCAGGAAGCCUUAAGGAACACCAGAGAAUACACACAGGGGAGAAACCUUACCACUGCACUGAGU